CUUGACGAUCCCAACUGACUGCGCCACAUGCUAUACUUACGUAAUUAAAUUACGUUAAGUUCGUUAUACACGCGAUUGAUCAGUUUGAACAAUUUCAUACUUUUUCCAAUAUGCCGCCAAAAGAAAAUUGGGAAAAAUACGAUAAAAAUAUUGAAGAAAAAGAGGAAGAAAAGAUUGUUGCACUCGAUGAAGGAGACAUUGCACUUUUGAAAACUUAUGGUCAAGGUCCUUACGCAAAGGAACUGAAAAAAACUGACAGCGAUAUUAAGGAUAUUCAAAAACGAAUAAAUGAAAAAAUAGGUGUCAAGGAAUCAGAUACUGGUCUUGCCCCACCAAAUCUUUGGGAUAUCCCCGCUGACAAACAAAGAAUGCAAGAAGAACAACCCUUACAGGUUGCCCGUUGUACUAAAAUCAUUCAAGCUGACGGUGAGGAUGCCAAAUAUAUUAUUAAUGUAAAACAAAUAGCAAAGUUUGUUGUUGCGUUAGGUGAACGUGUAUCACCGACGGAUAUAGAAGAAGGAAUGCGUGUUGGUGUGGAUCGAAAUAAGUAUCAGAUUCAAAUUCCAUUACCACCAAAGAUUGACCCUUCUGUGACAAUGAUGCAAGUAGAGGAAAAACCUGAUGUCACGUAUAGUGAUAUUGGAGGUUGUAAAGAGCAAAUUGAGAAAUUAAGAGAAGUCGUUGAGCUGCCUUUACUUCAGCCUGAAAGAUUUGUAAAUUUGGGUAUUGACCCACCUAAAGGAGUUUUACUAUAUGGUCCUCCGGGCACUGGCAAAACUUUAUGUGCUCGUGCAGUUGCAAAUCGAACAGAUGCGACAUUUAUUCGUGUUAUUGGCUCCGAACUUGUGCAAAAAUAUGUUGGUGAAGGAGCACGUAUGGUUCGUGAAUUGUUUGAAAUGGCACGAACUAAAAAAGCCUGUAUUAUAUUUUUUGAUGAAAUUGAUGCAAUUGGAGGUGCACGUUAUGAUGAUGGUGCUGGAGGUGACAAUGAGGUUCAAAGAACUAUGCUGGAGUUGAUCAAUCAGUUAGAUGGUUUUGAUCCACGGGGAAACAUUAAGGUUCUAAUGGCAACGAAUCGUCCUGAUACUUUGGACCCAGCUUUGUUGCGUCCUGGUCGUUUGGAUCGAAAAGUGGAAUUUUCAUUACCAGAUUUAGAGGGUCGUUCACAUAUUUUAAAAAUCCAUGCUAAAAGCAUGUCGGUUGAGCGUGAUAUCCGGUAUGAGCUGAUAGCACGACUUUGCCCAAACAGUACUGGUGCCGAAUUACGUAGUGUGUGUACAGAAGCUGGAAUGUUUGCAAUUAGAUCUAGAAGAAAGGUUGCGACAGAAAAAGACUUCCUAGAAGCUGUUAAUAAAGUUAUAAAGUCGUAUGCAAAAUUCUCGUCUACUCCGAGAUAUAUGACUUACAAUUAAUAGUGCUAUUCUAGAUGGAAAAAUAUAGUAAAAUAGUUAUUUAUAUACGAAAUAAAUUAUCGCAUUUUAAAAUGUUCUAGCUUUUUAUAUUGUACACGAGAUUUUUUUUUAACAUGAAAAUAAAAAAAAAAUACAUUUCAGUUAUUCCUUUUAUGGACAUUUCAUCAUAAGUAUCUGAUAAUCCGAAGAUCCUAGUUUUAAAAGAAAAGACAAAUUUGUUACACAAAGCAAAGUGCGCCCAAC